AUGCUUUGGCAUAUGCUUUUGACCCUGACUCUCCUACUAGGGCCUGGUGUUAAAGCAGGCAGCCCUAGUUCCAGCUUCCCAUCCGCCCUCAGCCCCUUACAGUCCCGCCAGUCCUCAGAUCCGCUGAGCGAACUCCUCACAACGCUACAAGGGCUGACGGCGGCCCUUACCCCAGCCCUCCUUACAGACUUGAUAGAUGCGGUUCACUACACAGCAUAUCUUCUGCGUGCUCCAACAACAAAUACGACGCUGGCUCUCAUCGCCACUACAUACGAGCUACUCAAUCCCGAUACCGUACGCAAGAUCUUUGCAGCUGGCACGGCCUUGGGACAGAUGAUCACGCCUGAGGUCAUCAAUCACCUAGCUCAGUUUGACAUUAAUACGUUGUUGGGAGGCCUUGUGAAGGUGUAUAUCACCGUCAAGAACAUUAUAAAUGCCUAUAGCCCUCUGGUCACGAAUAUGGCAUCUUUCCUAUUGGGACUUGACAUUCGCCCCGAUUUAUUCGAGUCUGUGCUUCGAAACAUCCAGCCCUAUGCUACUUUGGUGGCAACAACCCUAUCACGACCUGAGAGCAUCGAGAUCAUCUUCACCACACUCACUGUCCUGAUCAGCGCAUUCAGCUUCGCAAUCACAGCAGAAAACCUCCAGCAACUAGGCGAGAUGGUUAGUAUAAUCUUCAGCGUACUCACGCCCGAGUUCGCAUAUGAGAUACGCAGUGUGAUUACCUCCGACAUCCCGGGCUCUCAGCCCCAAAUCUCCUGA